CACCACCCCAUCCCAUCACCACAUUCCCCCAGCCGCGCCCCGACGUCAAUUGCUGUGCCCCGACGCCGCGAGACGCCCACACUGCCCGUCCUCUCGCCCCGCUGCCGCCCGCUGACCGCCCGUCUUCGCGCCUCCUCGCUGCACACCUCGCCGGCGAACAAGCGCCCACCACUGCGGCCCUACAUCCGUCGACACCGCCGCCGCAGCGCUCCAGUUCACUUCACACACAAUGGCUUCAAAGUUCCUCCGGGAGUACAAGUUGGUCGUGGUAGGAGGAGGUGGCGUGGGAAAGUCGUGCCUCACCAUCCAGCUCAUUCAAAGCCACUUCGUAGACGAGUAUGAUCCAACCAUCGAAGACUCGUACCGCAAGCAGUGCGUGAUCGACGAGGAGGUCGCCCUGCUCGACGUGCUCGACACGGCCGGCCAGGAGGAGUACUCGGCCAUGCGGGAGCAGUACAUGCGGACCGGCGAGGGCUUCCUGCUCGUCUACUCGAUAACAGACAGGCAAUCGUUCGAGGAGAUCAUGACCUUUCAGCAGCAGAUUCUACGGGUCAAGGACAAGGACUACUUCCCCAUGAUUGUGGUCGGCAACAAGUGCGAUCUCGAGGGUGAGAGGCAGGUAUCAACUCAAGAGGGCCAGAAUCUGGCGCGACAGUUUGGCUGCAAGUUCAUCGAGACGUCGGCGAAAUCACGCAUCAAUGUCGACAACGCCUUCUACGACAUCGUUCGGGAGAUCCGCAGGUAUAACAAGGAGAUGUCAUCAUACUCGGGCGCGCCCCAGCAAGGAGCGAACGGCCAGAUGAGCAAGUUGGAAAUGGACGGCCACGACAAGAAGCGGGGUUGCUGCGGGUGCACCGUCAUGUAGAGGAGCGCGCGGAAACCAAUGUGCGUGUGGCUGUUGUUGCGGAGAAAUACCUGUCAUUGCUCGGUGCUGGAAUGCAUGCGGAACUUUUCCAGGUUGGGGGCCCCCGGAAAAUGUUCAUAUCUUGAAGCACGUUACCGUCAGUUUAACUACUUUCUUUGUAGGUCUUCAUGCGGCCUGCUUUCUUUUCUGCUUUAACAGUUUUAUUUCGUUUGCUUUGGGACUAGGUGUUGAUCAGGGCUUUUUCUACUCUCCGGGGCGCUCCUCCUGUCACAAGGUACUCAAAGCUUUUCUUGUUCGGGAAUCAAUGCUCUGUGCCUUUUCCAGAUAUGGAGGCUCGGGGUAUCGCGGCCGCCUUCUUCCUUUAGAUUAGUGUUUUCAUGGCAUCUGGUAACUUGCUCUCUGUCAAUCUGCUGCUCAGGCUAGUCUUACAGAGAUCGAGGUGCCUCCUAGUACAAUUAAGACUGAAUUGUUAUAUCCCG